AUGGUGUCGGAUUCCCGCGGGCCAGCCGCGGCUUUACUGCUGCUCCCUCCACCCCCAUCCUUCUCUUUGGGCCCUCUCAAGGGGAUCUUUGAGAAACCGUUGGCAGAUGUUAUCCGCAAGAUUGUGCAAUCGCUGGAUCAACCUCAUCAGAUUGCCACCCUUGACGUGGUGCUGCAGGUACCGGGUUUGCUUUCCGCCUCGGCGAGACCACGAGCCUUGGUCUUUGCUCCUCUACAGCAUUAUCUCUCAAGCAUCUAUACCUUGAUCGGAGCGGCUGCGGCGGCUCAUAAGAUUGACCUGGAUGCUCCUGGUGGCUUGGAUGCACGGGUCUUAUUCACAGGAGAACAGGACUCGAAUGCACCUGCUCCCAGGCUGGGGCUUGGACCUGUGGUUGAUUUGGAGUCCCUCGUGACCUCGGGCCGACAGUGGAACCAUGUGUUCUAUCUCAGAACCGAAAUGGGCAGCAGACUUUAUCACGACUUCUUGCAUGUGAGGCAGAAUGCCGGCAUCGAUGCCCCCAUUCAAAGUCAUGAAGUGUCAACGACCACGCCCCAGUGGCCUGUCUCCUCCACUCUACUGCAGGCCGAGACCUCGGAAGCACAAGACCAAAGGCCUCACUAUUCGGUGUGCGUCGGCGGCACGUUCGACCAUCUUCAUCUGGGUCACAAACUGCUCCUCACGGCGCUGGCCUUGACGCUGGAGUCACCAACCGAUACCGACCAAGGUCAGGAAAGGUUGCUCACCAUCGGAGUCACAGGUGAUGCUCUAUUGAAGAACAAGAAAUACGCCGAGUUCCUCGAGAGCUGGGACGCCCGGUAUGAGAACACCGCGGCCUUUCUUCGCUCGAUCAUGGAUUUUACUCCCAACAACACGCCCCGCAUCGAGCAAAUCCAUGCGCCUGGGCCAAACGGUCACGUUGUCGUAAUGCAGGUGCAGCCCCUGCUGACCUUCAAAUUUGUAGAGAUCUGGGAUCCUUUCGGGCCCACCAUCACCGAGGAGGACCUCACCGCGCUGGUUGUGUCCAAGGAGACGGCUUCGGGAGGUGCAGCAGUAAAUGAAGAGCGGUUGAAGAAAGGAUGGCAGGGUCUGACCAUUUUUGAAGUGGAUGUGUUACAAACUGGUGAAGUGGCGGAUGUGACGGACGUGAAUAACUUUGAAUCCAAAAUCAGUAGCACAGAUAUCCGGCGCCGGCGCAUGAAUUUGGCUAAAGUGUGA